AGGCCCCAUCUAACAGAGCGCAUAUCUUUCCGCUUCCCUCCAUCUCCAUUGCAGAAAGCUUUUACAAAGGAAAACAGUUUUUACUGAUCUGAAAGCUGUGGAGGAGGAGAAAAUGGAGGCAAUGGGAGUCUCUUUCCUUUCCACUGUACCUUCUUUGGCGACUCCGACGCCGCCUCGUAGAGCUAAUAGAUGCAUCACUCGUCCAGUAUUUAUCCGUUGUAAUAAGAUUGAAACCGAUGAUGUUUUCGGCUCCGGUGAAUCUUGCUUCCGACGAAGAGAUGUUCUUGGAGUCGCCGGUGCUACCAUUGGCAUGGAAUUACUGGCAAGCUCGGGAUCAUUCAUUGAAGCUGCAAGUGCUGCUGAUUUGAUACAGCGCAGACAGCGUUCUGAGUUCCUCUCAAGUGUUAGGAAAACCCUCACUACGGCUAUAGAGGGCACUCCAGAUGUGAUUCCAUCUAUACUAACUUUGGCACUCAAUGAUGCAAUGACAUAUGAUCAGGCUACAAAAUCUGGUGGCCCUAAUGGAUCCAUACGUUUCAGCUCAGAGAUAAGCAGACCUGAAAAUAAGGGGCUCUCUGCUGCCCUGAGGUUAUUAGAAGCUGCCAAGAAGGAAAUUGAUUCAUAUUCCAAGGGUGGACCAAUCUCCUUUGCAGAUCUUGUCCAAUAUGCAGCUCAAGGAGCAACAAAGGCUACUUUUCUGGCAUCUGCCAUCCGCAAAUGCGGUGGGAAUGAAGAGAAAGGGAGAUUGCUAUACACUGCAUAUGGUUCAAAUGGACAGUGGGGAUUGUUUGACAAGCAAUUUGGAAGGACUGAUACUGAGGAACCAGAUCCAGAGGGGAGGAUUCCACUGUGGGAGAAAGCUAGCGUACAGGAAAUGAAGGAUAAGUUCAAGGCAAUUGGUCUUGGGCCUCGUCAGCUAGCUGUAAUGUCUGCGUUCUUGGGUCCUGAUCAGAAUGCAACAGAGGCCUUAUUAGCCACUGAUCCUGAUGUUUCUCCAUGGGUUCAAAAAUACCAACGAAGCCGAGAAACGCUGUCCCAAACAGAUUAUGAGGUUGAUCUAAUAACUACACUCACAAAGUUAAGUAGCUUGGGACAACAAAUCAAUUACGAGGCAUACACAUACCCCGUGCCAAAGGUUGAUUUGAGCAAACUCAAAUUAUAGUGGGAGUGAAUAAUGUAGCUGAAGAAGCAGCACUUUAACCUGCCUUAUCAAUCCCACUAUUUUUCCCCCAGCAGAAUUUCCGCAUGCAGGCAUUCCUUUAUUCGGAGUAUUGAUUUCACUCUAAAAUGAGGGUAUCUGUAGCUGCUAUAACAAUUACUAGAGAA